GCCCGUUUCCACAGAUCGAGUUAACUAAAGUUUAACUGAUUUACACCUGAUUUAAACCUGCUGUCAACUAAUUAAACUUCAACUAAUCAGAGUUCGCCAGAGUUAUGGAACCGGGCAUAAAGGUCGUAAAAAUGCUUUUCUAGGAUAAAAUUGAACACUAUUUUGUUGACUAGAAUAGUAAUGUAGGAAUUAAAUAACAAACAUGUAAUUUUCAUAACCGCUGUAAAAGUAUACUUUAAAUAAGUCUGUUGACAUGUUGAAGAAAAGGAGGAAAUGUUUGAAACAUAUAUAGCUAUGUCCUCAAUUGCAUUGAGUAAAUUAAAGAAAAGAAAGAUUAUUGAAGUAUCGGAGAAACGAAAGAAAAAAAUUGAAAGGUUUGAUGGGCUUACCGAAGAAGAAGUACAAAAAUAUACACUCCCCGAUAUCCUGAAAAAAGAUCUAGACAUGGUUUUCGUUGGAAUUAAUCCGAGUCUUACAGCUGCAUACCGAGGGCGAUAUUAUGCUGGUCCAGGCAAUCAUUUUUAUAAAUUACUAUAUGAAUCGGGAUUAACAUCAAAAUGUUUAAGUUUUGAUGAAGAUUACAAACUUUUGCAAUAUCAAAUUGGUCUAACGAACAUUGUCACAAGAGCCACCCGAUCGUCGGCAGAUCUUAAGCGCACUGAAAUUAAAGCUGGUGCUAUAGUCGUAGAAGAGAAGCUCAAAUUUUUCAAACCAAAGAUAGCAAUAUUUAAUGGAAAGGGGAUUUAUGAGGUUUUUGCUGACAAGAAUAGUAAGUCGGAAUUUAAUUUUGGACUACAGCCUGAAUGUAUCGGACACACUGCUGUUUGGGUUGUUCCUUCCAGUAGUGCUCGAUGUGCCAAUUUUCCAAGAAUGAGUGAUAAGCUACACUUUUAUACAGCUCUCAAGAAAUAUUUACAGUAUUUAAAGGGUGAAGUGAAGGAUAUUGAUGUCAAGGAAUUUUAUUUUGAUGGCAAAUGUAAACAACCAAUUCCUGGUACAUCAAGAAUGUGGAGACGUAAAAAUAUGUCAACUUUUUUGCAUGGAGGUAGAGUAGCAAAUAAAAAGACUGUUUCUUUGGACACUUCAGAAGAAAGUAUUGCUGUUAUUAAAAAUAAUGAAUUUGUUGUUAAAGUGUGUUCCAUAAUGGAUUCAAAUAAAGAUGGAAAGGUUGUAGAAGAUGCAUGUAAAGAUAUGGAACUUGUAGAUAACAGAAUGAAUAUUUGUCAAAAUGGACCUGAUAACUUUGAAGUGCAAAAUGGUAUUGAGAAAAAAAAAGAUAUUAUAAAAAAGCAGAGAAAUCACUUAACCAAAGCAAAAGACAGAAAACUAUUACCAGUUGUUUUGAAGAAUUCAUCUUCUGCAGUUCAAAGACAAGACUCUUUAGAUUUUGUAAAUUUAAUAAAAUGUCGCCUCUUAGAAAAAAAGGAAAGACAAGAAAAUCAUGUAAAAGGUAAGAAUGAUGAUGAUGACUCUUCCGAAGAAUCAAGCAGUGGGCACAAAUCAAAGUUCUUCGAUUUGAUAUCUAAUUCAUAGGAAAACAUAAUGAAAGAAGAUAGUUAUGAGAGUUAGAUGAUAAGAUAUGUAAUAAUAUAUAAUGAUACAUGGACUACUUCAUUGCAUGUUUAUUUUAUUUUAUAUUAAAUUCAUACAUUCUAUUUGAAAUAAAUCUUACAGAAAUACUA